ACAGGCGUCUAGCUUUUGCUGUGCAGUACAGCAGCGCGAAUGUGGAAACACCGAGCUAACGAGUGAAGGACGGUGAAGAGGGAUCCCUUGUGGAUUACUUCGUAAAAGCUACUUAGCUAGCUGCAAUUAUUUUAAAGGAUAUUUCCUAUAAAGAGGUCCCCAUAUUUCAAGAGAAGAAGAGAGCCUUAUUGGGGAAUCUUAUGGACGAAGAAAUGAGUCGCCAGACCGCUACCGCCCUGCCCACAGGAACCUCCAAGUGCCCCCCCUCCCAGCGCGUGCCCACCCUGUCGGGCACCACGGCCUCCAACAGCGACCUGGCCAGCCUGUUUGAGUGCCCCGUCUGCUUCGACUAUGUGCUGCCCCCCAUCCUGCAGUGCCAGAGCGGCCACCUGGUCUGCAGCAACUGCCGGCCCAAGCUCACCUGCUGCCCCACCUGCCGAGGGCCGCUGGGCUCCAUCCGCAACCUGGCCAUGGAGAAGGUGGCCAACUCGGUCCUGUUCCCCUGCAAGUACGCCUCGUCCGGCUGCGAGGUCACACUGCCCCACACGGACAAGGCGGAGCACGAGGAGCUGUGCGAGUUCCGGCCCUACUCCUGCCCCUGCCCGGGCGCCUCCUGCAAGUGGCAGGGCUCCCUGGAUGCUGUCAUGCCCCACCUGAUGCACCAGCACAAGUCCAUCACCACCCUGCAGGGCGAGGACAUCGUGUUCCUGGCCACGGACAUCAACCUGCCGGGCGCCGUGGACUGGGUGAUGAUGCAGAGCUGCUUCGGCUUCCACUUCAUGCUGGUGCUGGAGAAGCAGGAGAAGUACGACGGCCACCAGCAGUUCUUCGCCAUCGUGCAGCUCAUCGGCACGCGCAAGCAGGCCGAGAACUUCGCCUACCGCCUGGAGCUAAACGGCCACCGCCGCCGGCUCACCUGGGAGGCCACGCCCCGCUCCAUUCACGAGGGCAUCGCCACGGCGAUCAUGAACAGCGACUGUCUGGUGUUUGACACGUCCAUCGCCCAGCUUUUUGCGGAAAACGGCAAUCUGGGUAUUAAUGUCACCAUAUCAAUGUGCUGAGGCACAGGCUACCAGGACUUGCAUAUUGACUAGGGGGGUGGGGUGGGGGGGGGGCAUAUAGCUGGCACACACACACCACACACUCCUUUUUAUUUGGACAUGUCUUUCGGAAAGACGCACUGUCUUUCUGUGUCCCUCUCUCUGUCUGACACGCACCAAUCGAAUAAACACCCCUUCAUACUGUUCUCUCCCUCCCUCUCGAACGUGUACGUACAUACACGCAUCCAUACUGACGUUUCAGACACUACAGGGGUCCUGGAGUUGUACUUUAGGGCAGGGUGGGUAUCCCAGGGUGCUCUACCUCAGUGGGGGGAAGGUUGUGGAACCCUCUGACCAGGCGCAGUGUUCUGCUGUGGGAAUCCUCUUGCAAGAAUGCUCAUUCUUUAGUGGAACUCCCUAUCUAGAGAGCCAUGUUCUGCAGUGGAACCUUCUGACCAGAUAUCAUCUUCUGCAGUGGGAACCCUCUCUAGUGGAACUUGACCCACUCCUAACCCUGGGUUCUGUCUAAAGCUUUGGUCAACCGCCUGGUGUCUGUGACCUGAAGAGAGGACACUUCUGCAGGUGGGCUCAGCUGGCUACCUCCCCCUGGAGAUCCUGCAUAUGAAGGGUGCCAGGCUUGGGAGGAGCAAGGUGGACCAGAGACCCGGAUGAAGACUGGGACUGGCGGGGCGGGCUCAAUUAGGGGAGAAGGGGUGAUGGCAAACUAUUUCUUAUUUUAAUUUUUUUGAGAGCGAGGGGGGGGGAGGGGAGAACCCGACAUUUCAGUUGAGUCAGUGAAACAAACUUUUCUUUGAGUUAUGUCAUUGUUUUAAGUUGUUUUAUUUGGUUUCAUUUGAUUUAGUUGUCCUUGUUAAGUGUCCUCCCUGGCAGGAAGAGGGGACAUGAGAGGAGAACAGCUCCAGGGUGUGUGAUUAUGGACACAUGGGCUGAGGCUGAGCCUGACCGAACGGUUACAGUUCACACCACUGAAAUUCACACCUGGACACACCGAGAGGGGGGGGGGGGGGGGGACUAUUUCUACGAGCUAAAAUAUUAUUGUUAUUAUUAAAUGGAGAUUAUCAUAAUUAUACUGUUUUUGUAAUUACCGUUAAUGAAUGAAAAAGGCUGUUGUACCCUUGUGGCUAAUCUUCAGUGUUUGUAGAUAACGAAAAGAAAAACCAAGAAAAAAAAACACAAAAAAAAAAGUUCUCAGAAUUUUACGUUUGUUUCUUUUUGUAUGUUUGGUUUUCUUGUUGUUUGUCUGUUCUGUUUGUUGUGAGGGGAGGGCGAAGCAAGGCCAAACACCUGUGUGGAUCCAUAGUACUGUUGCUGGUCCCCAUCUCUUUCGUUUUAUUUUGGUUCUGUUCUGUUUUAUUUUGUCAUUAAAUAAAAUCUAUCUUUUUCAUACCUUG